GACGCGAGGGCGGGCGGUCGCCGCCUUAGCCGCCCUACCGAGUGAUAACUGUGACUGUGUUUUAAAACAGAUACGGUGAAAUAAAUCAAAAGGGGAAAUUAAAACGGGGCAACGUUUUGAAAUCACAAAAAGCGAAAGAAAAGGGUCGGUCAUCCUUCACGAGGGCCAUCGUUUAUCCCCGGCUCAUGAAUAUGACAUCAGACUGACCCAAGAUGCUGAUUUAUACCCUAAUCCAUCACCCGCACAGACACAGUAAACGGUUUCAAAUCGCAUUCGCCUAAUGGAAUUGGAGGUAGUUUUAAUUCAGGUAUGGGGAAUUACCGUAAGCCAAAUAAGGCUUAAAACCUGUGGCAAAAAUGGCACGCUUCGUAACUUAAAAAAAGAGUAAGAAGCGAUCAUACAAUAUACGAUUCGAAUGUGGCAUCAAAUCGACAACUCAUUAAUGUAUUUUCCGGUACAGGAAACAUAAAAGCUUUGUGGAGACAUAGAAAAAAUAUCUGCUGAAUAGGAUACAAUAUUCGGGCUGAUUCAGAGAUAACGUGACUAGAAUGUAAAGUACAACAAAUUUAAUAUUUCGGAACGUGAACAUAUUAGUGCAGUGGCUAGUGUUGUGACCGAAUUGAAUAAAGUGAAUAAAACUUAGACCAUGCGUAAACGUCCGUUACCGACCGUCCGGGAGGAGCCCGCGGCGUGGCGUAACGUGAACAGCGAGUGGACGGUGUACUUUUUGGUGGCAGCGGUGGGAGCGCUCACGUACUCGAACAGCCUGCGUGGCGAGUUCGUGCAUGACGACAUCCCGGCUGUGGUGACAAACCGUGACGUCACGGGCACUAAUCCCCUCCGGAUGAUGCUGUACAACGACUUCUGGGGCACACCCAUGGCUGAUGCCACCAGCCACAAGUCCUACAGGCCGCUAACCACACUGUCUUUCAGACUCAACUAUUCCCUAUGCGGUCUGUCGGCGUGGUGGUGGCACGCGGUGAACGUGUGUCUGCACGCGGCGUGCUGCGCGCUGGUGGCCCGCGCGGGUGCGGUGGUCGCGCGGCUGCAGCGGCCCUUCGCAGCGCUUGCGGCGCUGCUGUUCGCUGUGCACCCGAUUCACACUGAGGCGUGUGCGUAA